UAUACAGGGAGGCAUUAGAUGGCAUGAAUAAUUUCUUUGUAAAUUAAAAUUAGUGCGGAAAGUAUCAAAGACAAGUCAAGUAACCUCUUUUAAAUGAAAUCCUAUAUUUUUUAUCUAUAAUCAUACAUUUUAUUCAAAUAUAUGAUAGUAUUUGUUGAAACGAACAGCGACCUACGAUACGAUGUCAUUUUAUGUAGUAAAAUGUCAUAAAUUAGAUCCGAAGAUUAACAUAAAUCGGUAGCUGAACUCUACUGCAUUGUCUAAUGACCUAACGCUAUCGGAUGACACUACAUAGGACUCGGCUACUGAUUUACGUUGACUUUAAAAUUUAUCUUAUGACAUUCUACGAUAUGAAAUGACAUCAUGUGGUAGGUGGUUGUAUUCGUCUCAACAAACCCUAUCAUAUUAUGAAUAAAAAAUAAAGGGUUCCAUUUAAAAAGAUCAAUUUGUCAAAAAAAUGUCAUAUGCAACUACGAUUGGGCGAAUUUACUGUUGAUAAACUUGACUUAAUAGAAGAUACAAAAGGAAAUGCAGGAGAUACUGGAAAACUUAUAAUAACUAAUCUCAGAAUUAUAUGGCAUUCUUCGUUUCUUCCCAAGAUCAAUCUAAGUAUUGGCUAUAACACCUUUAUAACAAUAAAUACUAAAACUAUACAUAGUUUGCAAGGAAAGCAUGUGCAAGCGUUACAUAUUUUAGCUUCCUUCCGACAUUGCAGAUAUGAAUUUCUAUUUACAAAUCAAGAUUUAAAAAGUACAAGACAUUAUACAUCUGUUAUUGGUGUUUACAGAGCAUAUGUUUCAUCAAAAAUUUAUCGAGAAAUUAAAUUGAGAAGUGGGAUAAUUAAUGAUAAACAAUUAACAUUACUACCACUGGAAACAGUUCAUUCAACUUUGCAAGAUAUUUGGAAUUUAUCAUUAGAACAGGGAAAUGUUGGAACUUUUAUUGUAACAAAUAUACGUUUAGUCUGGUUUGCUGAUAUGAAUUAUCAAUUCAAUAUAUCAAUUCCUUAUCUUAUAAUAGCAAAUAUUACUGUUAAAAAUUCAAAAUUUGGUCCAACUCUAGUCGUUACUAGUACAGAAUCCAGUGGAGGAUAUAUAUUAGGAUUUCAAGUAAAUCCUAUCCAAAAACUUCAUACUGUUCAUAAAGAAAUUUUAAUGUUAUUAAAAGCGUUUGAAAAAUCUCCUAUUUUUGGUAUUGAUUAUACAUUUGAACAUGAGGCUCCAUUACAACAAUUAAACGUAGAACAACAAUCUGAGAUACAAGACAAUCAACCUGAAAUUUCAAAUGUGUUUGGCUAUUAUUUCUCUGAAGGUUCAAAUCAAAGAAAACCUAGUUUUUCGAUUUAUUUAGGUCUUGCAGCAGAAGAACCUCGAGAAACUAGUACACUACAAAGCCUAUGGGAACUUGUGCGUCAAACUUAACUGAUAACAUUAAUAAACUUUAAAUAUUAUGUAAACAGCACUUUAUAUAUAUAAAGUUUAGAACAUAACUAAUGCUAAUACAUCACAUAAACUUUGAAUAUAAAAUAAAUAUAAAAGUUAA